AUAUCUGCUGCUCCUGAUGGGCCGGACAGUCUGGGCCCAGCUCCCCCGAGAGGUGGUCGGAUCCUCUGGGCUGCUCGGUCGAUGCCUGUGCCACUGACGUCCAGGCAUGAGGUGGUUCCUGCCCUGGAUGCUGGCAGCAGUGACAGCAGCAGCCGCCAGCAGCGUCCUGGCCACGGCCCUCUCUCCAGCCCCUACGACCAUGGACUUUACCCCAGCUCCACUGGAGGACACCUCCUCACGCCCCCAAUUCUGCAAGUGGCCAUGUGAGUGCCCGCCGUCCCCACCCCGCUGCCCGCUGGGGGUCAGCCUCAUCACAGAUGGCUGUGAAUGCUGUAAGAUGUGUGCUCAGCAGCUUGGGGACAACUGCACGGAGGCUGCCAUCUGUGACCCCCACCGGGGCCUCUACUGUGACUACAGCGGGGACCGCCCGAGGUACGCAAUAGGAGUGUGUGCACAGGUGGUCGGUGUGGGCUGCGUCCUGGAUGGGGUGCGCUACAACAAUGGCCAGUCCUUCCAGCCUAACUGCAAGUACAACUGCACAUGCAUCGACGGUGCGGUGGGCUGCACACCACUGUGCCUCCGAGUGCGCCCCCCGCGUCUCUGGUGCCCCCAUCCGCGGCGCGUGAGCAUACCCGGCCACUGCUGUGAGCAGUGGGUGUGUGAAGACGACGCCAGGAGGCCACGCAAGACCGCACCCCGUGACACAGGAGCCUUCGAUGCUGUGGGUGAGAUAGAGCCAUGGCACAGGAACUGCAUAGCCUACACAAGCUCUUGGAGCCCUUGUUCCACCAGCUGCGGCCUGGGGGUCUCCACUCGGAUCUCCAAUGUUAAUGCCCAGUGCUGGCCUGAGCAAGAAAGCCGCCUCUGCAACCUGCGGCCAUGCGAUGUGGACAUCCGUACACUCAUUAAGGCAGGGAAGAAGUGUCUGGCUGUGUACCAGCCAGAGGCAUCCAUGAACUUCACCCUCGCCGGCUGCAUCAGCACACGCUCCUAUCAACCCAAAUACUGUGGAGUUUGCAUGGACAGCAGGUGCUGCAUCCCCUACAAGUCCAAGACCAUCAACGUGUCCUUCCAGUGUCCUGAUGGGCUUGGCUUCUCCCGCCAGGUCCUAUGGAUUAAUGCCUGCUUCUGCAACCUGAGCUGUAGGAAUCCCAAUGACAUCUUUGCUGACUUAGAAUCAUACCCUGACUUCUCAGAAAUUGCCAACUAGGCAGGCACAAAUCUUGGGUCUUGGAGACUGACCCAAUGUCUGUGAAGCAGUCAGCCCUAUGGUCAAUAACUUUUCACCAUUGA